AUGCGGGCUGCCGCUGCCCGUCAGUUGGCCGAAGACGAUCGUCAGCGGCGUCGGGAGGCCUUGGUGGAGGCCAUGUUCAACGGGUCGCUCGAUCCUGAACAGGGUGAUCGUCAGCUGGCCGAGCUGGAGUCAGAGUCCGUCUUUCCCAUUCCUCUCUUCUUUCGCUCCCCUUCUCCUUCUACCGCCGCGUCCUCCUCUCGUCCCAAUCCGUCCGCGUCCUCCUCUCGUCCCAAUCCGUCCGCCGACUCUUCUCAUCCCGACCCGUCCGCCGAUGAUUUGGCGCUUGCGUCCGCAACCGAUGCCCUGGACCGAAUGAGCGUGGGCCCGGUCGCCGCCGCUGCCCCGACUGACGCGAAGGGCAAGCAAUCGGCUGCUGCCGUUGUCAUCGAGUUCGCGCGUCAACUGACGCCGACCGCUGGACGUGUCGUGCUUCCUCUGGGUCCUGGCACAGGCCGAAUGUCGUCUGUUCGGCCUCCUGUGGAGCGGAACGGAGCUGGUAAGUUGCUGCAGGAUCCCCCGGAGUUGUUGCCGGAUGACGUCCUCGCCGAAUACGCGUGCCAUCGGUGCGCCACCGAGUUUACCACUGUAGCUUUUCGGUGCUACACGAGGGCCGGCCAAGUUUCUUGUACGAAGUGCUCCAAGGAGCAGAAAGGCUGUAGCUUCCAGCCCGGGUGGAUGCCGAAGGACAAAGGGAAGUCGAAGGGGAAAGGGAAGUCGAAAGCGAAGGCGGCCGAAAAGUCGGGGGAGCCGGAACCAUCGCGCCCGACCAAGAAGCGUAAGGUCGAGGUACUCAUCCCCGAACGAUCUGUCGGCGAGAGUAUCGCGCGGACUAAAGCUGUUCGGGUUCGGAAGCCCGUCCAGCGUCUCCCAACCACCACCCGUACCGUCCUGGCCCCUUCCCGUCCCCGUUCUUCUGCUGUCCCCGCCCUGCCCGACUCCUCUCGCCUGUCUCCUGUCGUCGCGCAAGGCAUCGCGUCGGAGCUUCGGUACCGCAUUGCUGUGGCCGAAGGUACUCGUGCCUCGCUGGCACGUUCGAUCGCGAUGUGGCAGGGUGAGUUGGAGGUUCUUGAGGCGUGUUCGGGUGGAUCGGCGGUUUCGGAUGUGGUGUUGGUGGAAGACUCGUCGGAUGCCGAGGAUUCGGGAAUGUCGGUGUCGGGCGACUUUGUUCCCGAUGUGUAG